AUGCAAUAUUUCUCUACCGCACAUACAUCAUGUUUUCGUUAUCUACCAGUCAAGAAUUGUUCACAUAUACAAAUAGAUCAACUUGAACCAAUUUUAUCUAUAAUGCAUUUAAAUUUAAUAAUAUUAAUUAAUCUAUAUCAUGAAAAUUUCCGUAAUUUUUUACGAAAUAUGCCGAAUUUACAUCAUUUCAAGGUGGAACUUAAUCCAACAUAUCCAUCUAUUGAUGGAAGGUUUUGGGAACAAAUAGUUCGGAAUAAUUUAUCAAACUUUGAAGGAUUACAAUUUUUAAUACAUCUAGAUUUACCCGAUCUGCCAGACGAAGAAUAA